AUGGGCUACAUUGCUUUUAUAGAGGUGCAUGUGACCUUGUUGGGUGAGGGCCAUGAAGAUGCUGUUGAUGGCACAAGCAUGUUAGCAACAGCAUACUGGCUUGAGAGCCAGUGGGAGGAGGCCGAGCAAUUCCAAACGCUGGUGAUGGGUGCUCGUAAGACGAAGCUCGGCGAGGAUCUUCCCCAUACUCUGACGAGUAUGACCAACCUAGCGUCGGUGUACAGUAGCCAAGGCCGGUGGCCCGAGGCCGAACAGCUCGAUUUGCAGGUGAUAGGGACUCGCAAGACGAAGCUUGGCGAAGAUCAUCUUGACACGCUGACCAGUAUGGUUAAUUUCGCUUUCACCUGGAAAUCACCAGGUCACGAUGCCGAAGCCAUCAACUUGCUACGAGAUUGCUUAGCCAAGGAAAAACGAAUAUUAAGGCAGCACCAUCCGAACACUUCAUCGAAUUCUGAAACAUUGCUCGAAUGGGAAAUAGAGGCUUGA